GCCGUAGCCGCCGCAGCUCCUCCUCCGUGUCAGUUGUUGGUCUGUAAUGGCGACCGAGCUGCCGCCGCCGCCUCCGCCGCCCCUGCCGCCGCCGAAGUGACUCUCCCGGCGGGAGGAGUGGAGCCGGGCCAGAGCCGGGGGGAGUCCGGGCGAGCCGAAGCGCCGGAGGCUGCGCUGUCGCGGGAGGGGAAGCCAGCUUCUCCCUCCUCAGCGUCGCUCCCUCCCCGCCGGCCGGCGGGUCGAGCAGGGAGCCGGUGCCAGGCCGGGCCGGCUUGGCCGCGCGUCCCGGCCCAGCGGACAGGCCGGGCGGGGGCGUCUUCGCUACUCCUCCCGCCCGGCCCCACGGGAUGAGCCGGCGCAGCCGGGGCCGGAGGCGACACUCAGGUAAAUUGGCAAAAUGUGGAGUGGCAAGUCAAAAGAGGUGCCUUUACCAAACCCAAGAAAUCUUCAUAAUAAGGAUGCUGUUCGAGCAGAUGUAAUGACAUCAUGGGAUGCACUUUCUCAGACUAAGGCUGCUCUAAGGCACAUUGAGAAUAAAUUAGAAGUAACCCCCACCAGCACAGCUGUGUUUGAUUCUAUCAUGGAUACCAAGAAAUCUUCUGCUAAUGCUACCAGGAAAAUAAGUAGGAAAGAUGGUAGAUAUCUAGGAUGUUUGGGUAUAGCUCCAUCCAACAAGACAUCCAAGUCACGAAAAGAAAAAUCCUCUAGAAGUCCUCUUCGAGCCACCACUAGAGAGCAAUGUGAAAAAAAUAACCAUGUGGAAUUCCGUGAACCCUUAGCUUCAUUUAGGGGGGAGACCUUUGUUGCUCCAUCCAGUCUAAGUUCUAGCCAGCUGGAUGUCAAACACUUGUAUGGUUGGACACCACUAAAACAGAAGAGACAACUUGGAGGAAGUCGGAUGAUAUAUAAUCGGGAUGACCGGGAUAUACAUUGCCGAUUUGACAGCUCUCAGUCAGAUGCUGUAAAUGAAACUGUUGUUAGGUAUUUAAAUGAUCGACCAGCAAUUGAUGCCUUGCAGAAUUCAGAAGCUUUGUUCAGAGCAAUAGCUCCUAUAAGAACUGAGGAAGAAAAAACUAGUGGGUCAAAAGUAAAUGAGAAGACUUCAAUGAUUAACAUAAACCGUGAUGUUGAUAUGAAAGUGUUAAGACCAAGUGAAUCUUCUCCAUCAUCUACUAGUACUACUAGUGCCAGAUUAGAUAUCUUAAAGCGGCGACAGCAUGAUUCCAAAUUAGAAAAACUCAAGGAGCGGAUUAGGAAACAAUGGGAGAACUCAGAAGAUGUGAGUGGCAGAGGUCAGCAUCUGGGACAUGUUGAACAGCCGAUAAUGAUAACCAGUAUUGACAGUGGAGUGACAGCAAAAGUUCGAAAGGUUGCAACAGCACCACCUGCUCCAGCAUAUAAAGGCUUCAACCCUGCAGAGACUAAAAUUCGAACUCCUGAUGGAAAAGUUUGGCCUGAAGCAGUGUUUCAUAAUAUGAGUAGAGAUUUAUAUCAAGAUAUUGGAUUACACUUUGGUGAAGAUGUCUCAGUAAAAGAGAAGCCUGCUGAAAAAAGUAAGGAGAAGAAAACAGUUAGACCAAUUAGAAAAGUACAAAAGGUAACACAAUCAUCGAGUCCAGAUUGCAAGUCAGGUGGUGGCCGUAUGAUAAGUACAUCCUCUUGGAGAGAUGGACAAAAGUUAGUAAAGAAGAUUUUGGGCCCAGCACCCAGAAUAGAACAAAGAGAACGAAGGACAGAGUCAAUUGAUAGAAAUGGAAAAGAGAAGACUACUAAAUCUGUUGGCCAAAUUGGAAGAGCAGAAUCUGAUCCUAGAUUGGAUAUUUCACAUAAACGUCGUCAUGCACGAAACACAGAACGUUCACGAAGUAGGGUUCGGCUUGAGAAUAACUUCAAGAAAUUGCCUGCUUCUCUCCCAGAUAGUAAACCAGAGGAAGACACCUUAAAUAAGGACUUUUUGCCAGUUGAAAUUCGUGGAAUUCUUGAUGAUCUUCAGCUGGAUUCUGCACCACAGGCUUCAAAGCAAGAAACUGGGGAUCGGCAGAAUCAAAAGCCUGUGGUGCCAGCCCAAACUUCUAGGAGUCAUAGCCCUGUUAAAAGAAAGCCAGAUAAGUUAACAGCUAAUGAAGAUCCUCCUGUUAUUUCUAAAAAAAGGCACUAUGAUACAGAUGAAGUACGCCAGUACAUUGUUAGACAACAAGAGGAAAGGAAGAGGAGGCAGAAUGAAGAGAAGAUGGCUCAAAAAGAGGCAACUGAACAAAAGAACAAACGACUGCAGGAGCUUUACCGGAAACAGAAGGAAGCAUUUAGUAAAGUGAAAAAUGUACCAUCUUCUGAGCCUUCAGCAGCCAGAAGGCUUCAGGAAACUUACUCGAAAUUGCUGCUAGAACAAGCCUUAUUAGAAGAGCCAUCUCCUCAGCUACAUGUUACACAAGAACCACAGGUAAGACCGGGUUACCAGCCAUCUGGAGAAUCUGACAAAGAAAACAAAGUACAAGAACGCCCCCCCAGUGCAUCUUCCAGUAGUGAUAUGUCUCUCUCAGAACCUUUGCAACCUCUUGUAAGGAGUGAUUUGGUAGAACCAGCAUGGAUGCAGCCAGACAGGUUGAGCCCUAGGACUUAUGCUCCCCAACAGCCACUUAUUGAAGCAACUGGAUGUUUACUCUCCCAGCUUUUGGAUCUAGAGCAUGUGGGCACUUUGCAGAAGGACUUUGAAUCUAUAUUGUCAACCAGGAGAAACCAAGGUGUAGGCACAGGGCCAUGGACUUUGACACCACAACUGUACAUGACCUCAACAACUACACAGCAAGAUGCCGUGAUAAAACCUAGUCCAAACCAGUACAGAAGUAAAUUAGACCGAAUUGAAGCCCUAAAGGCAACAGCAGCUUCUUUGUCCAGCAGAAUUGAAAAUGAAGCCAAGAAAUUAGCUGGCGCCAACAUUAAUUAUGGAACAACAUGGAACACUGACUAUGAUGUGCAGCAAGGUCCCCAGGAUGAUGGACAUUGGGCUAAGCCUGUGAGUCCACCUGUGAGAGAGGAUAAUGAAGAUGUUUUUUCUGCCAGAAUUCAAAAGAUGCUCGGGACCUGUGUAUCUCAUACAGGCUUUGAUGAUAAUCUUCCUGGCGUGGGAAAUCUUAGUGAGUUUAAAAAACUUCCUGAGAUGAUUAGGCCUCAUAGUUCAAACUUUGGAUUACGAUCACCUCAUAAAUCAGAAGGACUACUAGCACAGUUAAAUAAGAGGCAAACUGAUUCUCCUGCCUCUGACACCCAGGUUCGUGAGCAAGACAAAGUCAAAAUAUCUCAUGAUUCAAGCACAGAUUCAGUUAGUGAAGGACCUCUUCUUAGUGAGGGGAGCCUUUCUGAGGAAGAGGAAGGCAAGGGUGGGCACUCUCCUCUGAAGAUGGUGACAGAAAUCUUCAAGGAAAAGGAAUUUUGUGCUGGGGAAAGAAAUGCCUAUGAACCUAUCAAAGAGUUUCAAAAAGAUGCUGAGAAAUUCUCACCACUUUUUGGACAAACAGGUGGCACACAGAGCAAAGGAUCAUGGGAGGAAUUGGCAAAAGGAAGUCCACAUAGUGUCAUUAACAUUUUUGCAAAGUCUUAUCAACUCUAUGGAAAAGGUUUUGAAGAUAUGUUGGAUAAAGGAUCACCAGUGUUGCGGCCUUUGCUUCUAUUACAAACCCAUGCAGGCAGUAUUUCAUAUGAAGAUGAUUUUGUAUCCUCUCCAGCAAAUGGAACAUUGACAGAAAAAAAAUCUGCUUAUGAACCUAUUAUCAGUAGUAGCAGUUCAAGCAUUCAGGAAGAGUCUUCUAGCAGGAAAUCCCAACAUUCAGCAGGGACUCAGUCUGUCACAUCAUCUCGUUCAUCUACUUCCUCGAAAGGAAAAAAAGGAAGAAAGGAAAAGAAAGAAUGGUUAGCAUCAUUUACUGGUGGUGCUCAAAACAUUCUGCGUGAAGAAGAAAGAAUGCAUUCUAGUUCAGAUCGUGGGUCUCAAAAGGGAAAGAAGCCGGUGACUGGUAGCAAAAUUCCCAUAAAUGAUUAUGAGCAGUAUUCUGAUACUGAUAGCACUUUGGAAAAUCUUUCUGGGCAAUCUAUGAGUCUCUCAUCAGAUAAGGGAAGAUCGCAGAGAACUCCAACUUCUCCUUUGUCUCCAAACUCUCCAAAACUUCCGCAAUUUGACCUGCCGGCAAACUCAGUGGAGAGGACUAGAUCCCCAGUAGUCUUGCCUCCAACACCACCAGCAUUCAAACCCAACGCUGCCUUCUCCGACAUGAAUCUAGCAGGCAGUAAGGCCACGGCAGGAAUGGCUUCAACACCAGGUGCCAUACGCUUUUCUCCUGCUGGCCUUCAGCAUCGUAUGACAGCAGAGCUUAGCUACUUAAGUGCCAUUGAGGAGUCUGUGCGCCAGCUGACAGAUGUAGAAAGAGUUCGAGGCAUAUCGCUGGCCCAGCAGGAAACUGUGUCUUUGGCUCAGAUCCUAAAGGCACAGCAGCAGCGUCAUGAACGAGACCUGGCACUUUUGAAGUUGAAGGCUGAACAUGAGGCCCUGGAAAGUCAGAGACAGCUGGAGGAGGCCCGAAACAAAGCAGCUCAGGCCCAUGCAGAAUCUCUACAGCAGCUGGUCCAGUCACGACAGGAAGCCACUGAAGCACUACAGGAGACGACGUGUAAGAUAGCUGCUCAGCAGGCAGAGGCUGCUCGGCUCACCACUGAUGCCGCACGGCAGAUCCGUGAGAUGACAGAAUUAGCACGAAACCAGAUAUCUGAUGCUGUCACAGCUUCAACAGCACCAAUAACUGUUCUUCUUGAUCACCAGAGGCAACAGCAUUCAGAGUUCAUGAAACAGUUGAGAGCCAGAACUGAUACAGAUAGGAAAAGUGAAUCUGUUGUACUUUCUCAGAGUAAAGAAGAGACAUCUGACUCAAAGAAUCUGAAGUAUUCUCCAUCUUUUGAUAGUUAUUCAGAGCUCUCAAAAUCUAAGACUCAUAAUCAGAGAAGUAGUAACAGCCACCAAGAAAGCCCUUCAGUCCUAUUGUCUAAGGAAAAUGAGAAGACACCUGACUCUGAAAAGAUAGAGAGUCCUGUUGAAGAACAAGUUCAUACUGCUGUGGAUGAUUCCCUGCAAAGUGAUAGCAUUCCAUCAUUGCCUGAUGAGAAAGACUCAACUUCUAUUGCAACUGAGUAUUCCCUCAAAUUUGAUGAGUCCAUGACAGAAGAUGAAAUAGAAGAAAAGUCUUUUAGGUCUUUACUACCUUCAGAGAGUCAUCGCCGAUUUAACAUGGAAAAGAAAAGGGGUCAUCGUGAUGAUUCUGAUGAGGAUGCUUCCCCAGAAAAGACUGCUCUGUCUUCUGUCAAGGAACUGAGUAUGCCAUUCUCUGGAGGGCAAGAUAGUUUCUCUAAAUUCACCAUGGAAAUGGUACGUCAAUAUAUGAAAGAAGAGGAAAUGAGGGCAGCUCACCAGUCUUCAUUAUUACGACUCCGUGAGAAAGCCCUGAAGGAGAAAGCUAAAGCAGAGCUAGCCUGGCUGGAACACCAGAAAAAACAUCUACGAGACAAAGGAGAAGAUGAUAAAAUGCCCCCUCUCCGGAAGAGACAGCGUGGUUUGCUGUUGAAAUUGCAACAGGAGAAGGCAGAAAUUAAACGUCUACAGGAAGCCAACAAGGCAGCUCGGAAGGAAAGACAACUGAUUCUUAAACAGCAAGAAGAAAUAGAAAGAAUCCGUCAAACCACAAUUAAGCUUCAGGAAAAGUUGAAGUCUGCAGGAGAAAAUAAAUUGGAGCCUCAUAGCGAGGAUGAGACAAAGCAAAGUAAGGCAUCUAGUCCAGCUCCAACUGACUUAGAGACUCGAAGUCCUUCCCCCGUCUCCAUUUCUAGCAGUGAGACUAGCAGCAUCAUGCAGAAACUCAAGAAAAUGCGCAGCCGAAUGGAUGAAAAGUUUCUUACUAAACGAGAGCAGAAAUUGAUGCAGAGGCGACAACAUGCAGAGGAGCUACUGGAGUGGAAACGACGUUUAGAUGCAGAAGAAGCAGAGAUUCGUCGAAUGGAAAAACAGGCUUUGGCAGCAUGGGAUAAAGAGCUUAUGAAAUCUAAAACACCCAAGAAAGACCUUGGAGAUGAGAGAAGAGAGCAAAAAGAAACAGCCAGUGAAGAGGAAUCUCCAGCACCUUCUUGCUCUAAUCUAAACAGUGAAAGUUCUAUCCCAGAAGAAUUAGGCAGCCCACCUGCUGAACCUGUAGCAUCUGAAACUAUAGCUCAGGAGCAGCCUGGGAGCCUAAAUCAUAGCAUCCUGACUGAAGAGAUGGUUUAUUCCCAGGACCUAGAUUUGUCUACUGCCUCAACUACCAAACAUUCACCUUCCAAAAGCUGUGCAUCUUUGUCAAAGCAUGAUUCUAGUAAAGGAAGUCACAGAACUGGAGGACAGUCUCGCCUAUCUGGGAAAUCCUAUCAACUUUCUCAUAGUUGGUCAGAUGACUCAUUAUCUAUGACACAAUCAGAACCUACUUCUGACCAGAGUGACAUUGAAGGUAGAAUCAGAGCUCUAAAAGAUGAGCUACGGAAGAGAAAAUCAGUUGUUGAUCAACUGAAAAAGGAACAGAAAAAAAGGCAGAAAGAGAGAUUGAAAGCCCAGGAGGCCAGUCUGAUCAAACAAUUAGAGUCUUACGAUGAAUUUAUCAAGAAAACAGAAGCAGAGUUAAGUCGGGACCUGGAGACAUCACCAACAGCUAAACCUCAAAUUAAAACUCCCUCCUCAGCUACUGAGAGGCCCAAGAUCAAGCCUCCACCACUUCACAGGCCUGAAGCAGCAAAGAACUGGAAAUCACUGACCGAGUCAGAACGGUCCAGAGGAUCCCUGGAGUCUAUUGCUGAACACCUCGAUGCUUCACCCUCAAGUUCUGAGAAGUCUUUGUCUACACCUGCCAAGAGACCUGCUGACUUGGACAUUCGUGUAGAACAGCCUCCAAACCCAUCUCCAAACCUUAAAAUAUCAAGGAGAGCCAGAGCAGAAUCUGGGGAUUAUCUGGAAAAUGUGCCUUUAUUAUCUCCUUUCAAAGAUCUUAACACUGACAGAAUUUCCAGUGUAUUGGACAUUAGGUUGGAAGAAGACUAUAGUCAUAAAUCUGAGAUUCAAGAAGAGGUAGUGGAAUAUGCAAAGUCCGAAGAGAGUGAGAUUGAAGACACUUAUUCUAAACUCUCUGGAAAAUCUUAUGUCUUAAUGAAACUAGACCUGGAGCAGGGGGAUUCACCUGAGAUUCUCUCAAAGACAGGUCUUCCUUUAGACUCUAAAAAUGCCCCAAAAGAUUCACAUAGCCCAGUAGCCAUAGAAAAACUUAAGAAAAAAGAGGAAACGAUGAAACAGGUACAAAAGGACAGAGACGAUGUGGAGAAGGAUCCGAGUGUAAAAUCAGAUCAAGCUUCCCACAGACAAAAGAUUACAGAGGAACAGGACUUAACUUUUUCAGAGCCACUUUCUGCUCUUAGAGAGAUGUCCUACUCAGAUGACUUUGAAAUAUCUUCUCCCAAGAAAGAAACUUCAGUUGAAGGAACACCUGCUGAACUGUACAAAGAUGACUUUGAAUUGUCAUCUGUGUUAUCUCUCAAAAGAGACUCUCAAUCACAGAGGGAAAAAUUGUCACUGACAAAGAACUCAAGAAGUAAAACCACCAGCUUGGGUAGCGAUGAUGAAAUCAGCGAAUGCCUUAGUGAGAAAAGUUUGUCCAUUUCUACAAGUGUCCAUUCUGGGAGGCUGUUAGAACUCAGAUCCCCAACAGAGCUUAUGAAAAGUAAGGAGCGGAGCGAUGUCGAGAUUGAACCCGGUGUUACAGAGGCACCAUCGUUGGCCUCUGCUUCUGCUGCUGAAGCUGAUGAACUACCUGAUUUCCACCUUGGUGACCGAGUCCUUAUCAGCAAUGUUCAGCCUGGCACUCUUCGAUUCAAAGGCUUGACAGAGUUUGCUAAAGGAUUUUGGGCUGGAGUAGAGCUGGACAAGUCUGAAGGAAAUAACAAUGGAACUUAUGAUGGAAUUACAUACUUUGAGUGUAAAGAGAAGCAUGGGAUUUUUGCUCCCCCCCAGAAAAUCUCUCACAUUCCAGAAAAUUUUGGUAACUUUGUAGAUGAAGAUGCUUUCUCUAAUGAACAAUAUAAUCAGCAUCAAAAACAAGAACAGAAAGACACAGAAAGUCCUGAGUCUAAGAGGGGAAAAGAUUCAAUUGAAUAUUUCCAAGAGAAAUCUCCAAUUAGUAUACACAUGGUGGAAACCUCAGUGGAGAGAAGCAGUAAGAUUGAAUCCGUAUCUAAAGUAGACCACACACAGGAGAUUUCUGUGGCUACUGAAUCAAUUGCUCAGGAGCAAUCUUUAUUAGAUUCUUUAGUUUGUUCCAUAAAAGAUGAGAAUGAUAUUUCCCUUUUUGUUUCUAGUGCCAUAGAAAAAGUUAUUCCUUUUGUAUUGGAAGAUACUUUAGAUACUGUUCUUUCUGAAGAGUUGAAAAGGCAACAAGAGUAUUGGACAAAAGAAUUGCCUGAAAAGAAAGAGAGCUUAUCUUCACAAGUUUUGGGAAAGCCUUCAACCCCACUCUUGGACCUUUUAACUAAAGAAAAACAACAACUGGAAGCUCAGUUGAGGUCAUCACUUAGUGUGGAAGAAAAAUCAAAAAAAUUGGAGACUGUCAGCUUACUGACAGAUAGCCUGCUAAAAACCGUUGUGAAGGAUACAGUUGAUCAAUUGCAACAAAUUAAGAAAGUUAAGAAUGAGAAAAUUCAACUUAGCAACCAGGAACUCCAUGAUGAUGACCAAGAGAAAGUGUUUUCCAGAGUCCCAUCUAAUUAUCAUGCAGAACAAUCAUCUGGUAGUCUGCCAGGUCUGUUGUUAAAGGCUGAAGUAGAUGACGAAAGAGAAGUUUCCUCUCCAGAUAUGUGCCCCAGACCUGAGAGCCCUGUGUUUGGUGCCAGUGGGCAGGAAGAACUUGCUAAGAGGCUUGCAGAGCUUGAAAUCAGCCGAGAGUUCCUGGGUGCAUUAGGAGAUGACCAGGACUGGUUUGAUGAAGACUUUGGCUUGAGUUCCUCCCACCAGGUCCAACAAAAUAAGGUAGAAGAACCAAUUGUGCCACCAAUGGCAGAAUCAAAAAAAAUACUACCUCCAAAGCCAUGUGAGACAUUAUUGGCUGUUCCACACACUGCAGAAGAGGUAGAAGCACUCGUCCAUGCUGCAGCUGAGGAACUUUGGAAAUGGAAAGAGAUGGGCCAUGAUCUUCAAAGCAUCAGCUUUCCAACCAAACUACUAGGCAGUGCUUGUAGGGGUCAAGAUAUGGAAAGCACCAGUAAAAGGGUCUACAAGCAGGCGGUCUUUGAUUUGACAAAAGAGAUUUUUGGAGAAAUAUUUGCUGAAGAUCCAAAUCUCAAUCAGCCCAUCUGGAUGAAACCAUGUAGAAUGAACUCCAGUUAUUUCCGAAGAGUAAAAAAUCCAAGUGACCUUGAUGAAAUCAAGAACUUUAUAGCUACUGAAGUACUCAAGCUGUUCAGCCUUAAAAAGGAACCAAACCACAAAACAGAUUGGCAGAAAAUGAUGAAAUUUGGACGGAAGAAGAGAGACCGAGUUGAUCACAUCUUGGUACAAGAGCUUCAUGAGGAGGAGGCUCAGUGGGUGAACUAUGAUGAAGAUGAACUCUGCGUAAAGAUGCAGCUCGCUGAUGGGAUCUUUGAGACCUUAAUCAGGGAUACUAUUGAUGUUCUGAAUCAGAUCAAUGAAAAACAGGGGAGAAUGCUGCUUGUGUGACACCUUCCAAAUAAACCGAAAACAUUGUGACAAUUUGAGUUGUGGGCCUUUCUGCCUCCUGAUAUACACUAAGCUCCAUCGUAGCAAGAAUGCUGCUGGCCCUUGUAUCUGGUUUUAAAGACAGUUCCCAUGGAAUCCCAGGAGCAAUCUGGUACAGCCUUUGCCUUUAGAUACUGUUUACUAAGCAUAUCGGUUAUUUUCAGUGAGCAAGGUUGCACGUAUGAUGCUGACACACAGGCAUGUUUCUAAUCACCACUUUUCAGCAUCCUAAAUGGUCUUAGGUGAGGGCUGAAAACACCAGAAUUACCUCUUAGUGUAGCUGAGGGUACCAGUUUACUCAAGUCCUAAGUCAAGAACUAGUUAUAAAUAGAAGUAUCAUAUCAUUUUUGGACUCUUACUGGCCUACACCAUCUGGCUGUAAUAAAUGGACAGUACAGUACUUAAACAGUGUUACGCUCUUCACUACUUUUUAAUGGACAGCUCUAACAAUGUACAUCAGUUUUACACUCUGGAGUUCAUUUGUUUUCUAUUACUGAAGUUUAGGAGCACAAAUGGAUUGUCAGGGUAACAGAAGAAAAUGGCUCACCUUGCUUUCUGUUCUCCGUAGAGACAAUUUGAGACCUUUUCCCGUUUUCUGUUUUGGGGCAUGAGAGCAAAGAAAUGCCCUUUUAGAAGAUUGGGUACAAAAGAUUGACCCAGGGUCAGCUCUUCCCAUCCUUGUCCCCACCCCCUACUUUUCCCUCUCAUUCUGAACCACCAUCAGCUGCUCCUAGCAUCACGGAUACUCAGGACUGUCUCAGGCAUCCAGGCAGGCAGAAGUGAACAUUGCUCAUUUGGGUCUUCCCUCCCCUGAUUCCCAUGUUCACCCAAGAAAUCAGAGAAACUUUUACUUGAAUCAUUUAGGAAACGAGUAUAUGCACCAAAGACCAAAAAAAGUUAUGCCCAUUGCUUGUGUGCUUGUAUUACGCUUGUAGAACUUCACUUAAUUUAUUUUAUGAUAAAUUAUUAAGUUUGAAAUGUGUGUCUUCUGCAAAGUUGGUUAUGCUGCCCACCUUCAACACUGAAACCACAGAACCUGUGAAAGGUGCUUUGUGUGUUAGUUUAAAUUUCUAUCCUGAAAGCUUACAUGAUAAAACUAGAGGUUUGAAUAAAACCAUACACAAAUGUUGGAAAAGUCAUUUGGAUUCGAUGGAGAGGCUAUUAAUAGGAUGAAUGAACUUUACCAAGACAAAUUGCAAUGUGCAGGAGUUGAGAAAUGAUUUAAGACACCAUAAGGUCAAAUUCUGCCUCUCUUUACAUUGCUCAUUACAAUUGUUACCUUGUGUAGAGGAAUUAUAUAGCACCCAGCUGCUCUGUUAGAGUGUGCAUGGUGCUCUUUUCUGACCUCAUUACCCUGUCUUUUGACUCACUUAUAGUAAUCAGUACUGUCCCUAUUCAUGUUAGGAUGUAGAUAACCCUAGGCUUGAAUGUAGAUGCCUUAAAUUCAAGGGUUCUGAACUAGAAACAUGAUGAGACCUCAACUGAUUCAAUAUUCCCAAACAUCUUGGAGUUGAUGGACUCCAAACCUUGUUAGGAAAUCCCCAAAGAUGCUAUAUCUUUAAACGUGCAUAUACAUUCAUUUCUCUACCUUUCCUCCAAACCUGUCCCGAUUCCUUACUUUUUCACUAUGCACACCUCCAUUUUGGCUUUCUCCGGUUCCAUAUUUCCCUUAUUAAUAAGUGAGUGAAAUAAUCAUUGGAAUCUUUGCAUUUUGCACAAUGACUGGUAGGUGAUAUUUCUUGAACAUCAGGAACAGAACCUUAAAUGUAUUUUGGUCCAUUGAAGUUCUCAGAUGCAUUUACCAGCAUCUUAUCUGAGCUCUUCAAGACAAACUGUAGCCUUCUUGCCAUGAGGGGCAAAUUAACAAGAAGAAAACAAGGGGAUGGGGUGGUCAGAGUUAUUAACAUAGUCACUUUUUUUAAAACCAUAGGAAUGUGAGGAUUAGAUGGUUGGUUUUCUGUAGGCUUUAGUUAAUGUUUUAUGCAAGAGGAAAGAAGGCAGACAUGCAUCAUAUACAUAUUUGUUAUAAUACUGAAACUUCAGGACUGGCAUACAUUUUUGAUGCACUAUUGUGGAAAUACUAAAAUAGGAAAACCGUUUAUCCCAGAUUCUCAUCUGGCCCUAAAACUAUUUCUUAAGAAUAAAGUCCACUACAUUCAUUCCUAAUUUUUAUAAAUAAAACAGUACUGUUG